CUAGUGGCAGCUCCAGUGUCUGGUCUGGGUGCAGCAAUAGCAGCAGCAGCAGUAGCAGCAGGGAGGCUGUGUUCGGAUUAGGGGGUUGGGCUGCCGCCGCACUUCAGUCUGUCUCGGCCGGUGCAUUUUUGCUUUCCCGCAGCAUCAUCACAUCAUCUCAGCCUUCAUCCUCAUUUUGCUGCUUUUCCUCUCCAGCAGCGGCAGCAGCAGCAGCAGCAGCAGCUCACAAACACAAACACCGCAGCAGCAGCAGCUGGAACAGAGGAAAGAAACAAGGACGAGCCGCGGAGCAGUCUUCAGGGAAAUAAGGGGGUAUCAAUAUAAGGUUAGAGAAAGAUGGUGAAACUCGGGAGUAAUCUUCAAGACAAAGGGGCCAAAGCUGUGAGUGUGGAGGACGGCUUCCAAAAUGUGCCCCUCAUCACUCCGCUGGAUGUUGGCAGCCUCCAGAGCCAGGCACCUGACAAGGUGGUGGUGAAAACUCGCACAGAGUUCCAGACAGAGAAGAAGAGGCUGAAGGUUCCAAAGGUGGAGGAAUUCACCAUCAGCUUCACCGACGGGGUCUCCGAAAGGCUUAAGGUGACCAUUCUGAUCAUCCUGGCCUUGGCCUUCCUGGCCUGCAUCGUGUUCCUGGUGGUCUAUAAAGCCUUCACCUACGACCACGCCUGCCCUGAAGGAUUCGUUUAUAAGCACAAGCGCUGUAUCCCAGCUUCUCUUGAGGCCUACUACGCUGCCCAGGACGCCAACUCCAGGGGCCGAUUCUACACUGUGAUCAGCCACUACAGCAUGGCCAAGCAGACCACCUCGCACUCUGUCUCCCCCUGGCUUCCAGGAGGGGUUGGCGGACAGCAGCAGCAGCCACACGACACCAAACCGCCACACACCGAGGGCCACUGAGUUAGUCUAGCUUAGCGGCUACAGAGCGGAUGUAAAGACAUACAGACACGCAGACACACAGACUCGGUCAGACGUAGACACAGAUGAAAUCGAUGUAGGAGAAUAUGUAAAAUGUAGAGAAAAAAAAAAGACUCCCAAUAACGCAGCAGCUACAGUGUAAUGCCAGAGUAGAGUUUAAAAAUGUGCAUGCAGACAUGAAAAUAUCAUGCUAGGCCAUGUUGUCUGCUCAUUUACAGUAUGUUCUUUGUCUUUGCGCAGAGCGUUUCCUUGUUCUGCUCUUGUUAAUUUAUUGAUCUCACUUCUUCUAUUUUAUUAUUUAUUGACGGUCAUACUAUACUAUAUAUUUUUACUGUAACCUACGGACAUCGCGUGUUUACCCGAUAACACUUUGUAAAAAGGCAUGAGUCAAAGCUGGAUUUCACACUUCCUGUCUGGGAAGUUCAUCCAGUUCAGAAUGUCUUAACCCCAAUCUAUUUUGUUUAUGAUGUAUUUAUUUAUUUUGCCUACGUCUAAAGUGUGUUUACCUCAGGCAUGUUUGUCAAAUACACAUACAAGUCCGUAUGGUGUUGUAUUGCUGUUUAGAAAUUUUAGGUACAAUCUUUAACUUCUGUUCUUAAAACGUUUUAAAACUAUGUAAAACAUCACAGCUGCAGAACACACCCUCAGUUGAACGAGUGACACUUUGCAUUAUGGUUAAUAUAUAGCUUCAAUUCAGUGACAUUUUCAACGUGCUGUGUUGUACAGUCGAUGCUCUAAAAUCCCAUGGUGAACCGAGCUGUACAUAGAGUGGUGCAUUAGGCUAGUCUUGGUGUGGGCACAUUGUAGUAGAGUUUUCUCUGAAUUAUUGUCAUUUUGUUUACUUUUGUGUACAAAUAAUAAUACUUUUUCGUGCAACAGUUUUCCUGCCAGUGAUUUACGUAGCUCCAACAGUGCCAAACUUGCAGACGGAGAAAAAAGUUCUUUCAGUUACGGCUGUGUUUCAUGUUUAUAGAUGGGCUUCAGUGGCAGCAUUUCCGUACUGUUAUUUUUCAUUUGGUUUUUGUAAUUUUUGUAGUUCUGUUUCCAAGGGCACUUUUCUGAGAUAUUGUGAUGUUGUGAGGUUGAUAUGUAGCUAUACCUGGUGUAAGUUAUCAGUGUGCAUCCUUGUCCCCCCACUUCUUUUGAUUUAAAUUGAAAAAUAAAACAAGCUGUGACCUGUGC